CAUUCCAUUGCCAUCGCCAAUUCGCCAUUGCAGCGCUCACCUUGGCAGCUUAGCUAGCCGGCGGAUGCCAAUCCUCACGUCGGACUCCAUUGCGUCCCCGAGGUGGGGCGUCCCCUUCUUCGCCGCCCGCUCGGGCGCGCCACGCACGCGCCGGCCGCCUUCCUCCGGUAGCCAAGGGCACGGCUGCGGGUGGCCGCUGGACCGCGUGGCUGGCUGGGUCGGUGGCGGCAUCGCCGCGGUGUUCUUCGCGUCGCUGGAGCGGUGCUCGUGCGUCAACGUGCGCACGCACGACGACCUCCUCGACGACGAGCAGAGGGACUCGGAGGCGCCGCUCAUGUUCGACGACGGCAACGGUAGCUACUCCAUGGCCGGGGCCGCCGGCGCGGCGAGGAGGAGAGGAGGCGGGAGGAGCGACAAGGGCAAGAGAACUGGUGGUGGCAUGUGGUGCUAUGGGGAAUUUUAGCGUACUUCAAGUUAAUUUUUGGACCUUGUGAUGCUAUUUCUUACGUUUCCGUUGUUUAAAUUAAGAGUAUGUAUAUCAGUAUAUGGAUGUUUGAUUGUAUCCAAGUUGAUCCAAAAUUAAUGCAUGUAAAGUUGAAAACUAAUUAAGUUCUCUGUUGCCCCC